AUGGACACCUGCAUAUUUGUCUUGCCGGAAUUCUGCGCAGGUGCCGAACAGCGCGUUAUCUGGGGCGUUGACUGGCUGAGCGCUGCCAGGGUUGCCUUGAAGGUUAACCGGCCGGAUUAUGUGCGAUUGUUCCUGGAAUUAAUGUGGAUCAGCGAACCCAAAGUAUUCUACGAGACAGACGAUGUUCCUCGCGUGUGGAUUGAUCUUUGUCGUGUGCAACGCGACGUGCCAGGCCUGAAGGCUGUCUACACUGCCAUUCAAGAUGCCCACGUGAACUUGGCUACGGCACCUUUCGUAGAUGGCGAACUCAGCGACCUUAUGCGCUUCUCUAUAAAUGAGACCGAAGGGAAUAAUCCAUGGCUUCUCUCCUGGUAUGACAAUCUGGUCUCGACCUCAGAUCGGAGUUCCUCGUCGUCCGCUGAAGCCUCUUUGGCCAUCCAACUGCAUGAACUCGGAGCUAAUAAUGCGUUCUGUAGCUACUCACAGGAAAUUCCAGAUCUUCUUUCCCCAGAAGUUUCACAGGCUUUGCUGCAGGCCAGAUCCAACGUUGCCUGGCGUCUUGCGCAGUGGCAACUGCCGGAAGUGACCACCAGCACGGGGAGCCAGUCUUGCCCCAAUGGCAGCUUUUCGAAAUUCCACUUGCUCCCCUUCCUUUUCACUGCUGACAAUUCUACCGGCAUCGAAGUAGCGAAGGAACCCGUCUUCGAUCACCUGAUUUUCCUUCUCCGAAAUUCUGUGGCUCGUGGCGAUUGGGACCAAAUUUCGAACCUUUUGGAUGCUGAGAGAAGCUGUCUCUCCCUGCUGGAGGCCUCCCUCCGCCUGGGACACUUACUCCUAGAAGGCAGUAAUCCGCGUUCGGCUAGCUCGCAGUUGACUCUCAGUCAGCUUUCUCGCCUGUCUCUGGUGGAGGCUGUGGUGGACACGGAACGCGCCUGUCACCUGCUCUACGCCAGUCAGCUACUGAACUCUUGUCCGUCAACAGCAGCACUCUCACCUGUUGACCACCAGUCCCCCUCGCCGCUGGACAUCAGGCACACUCUGCUGCGGAGCCGUGUCUGCGCCAAGCUCGAUCGCGCGCGUGGAGAAGUUGCCUUUGCUAACACUCAGCUCUCUACGGUGCUCUCUCAUCUCUCAAACAUAAUUCAGAAGGCGACGGGCGAAGCGACCCAUUCACGCAGUGAAUCUCUUUGUCUACUUCUGGAAACCUUCUUGUCUACUUCGGUCUCACUCUGCCAUUGGUUGGCAGAUUCGCGUACAAAGAGUUGGGCCGAUCUUAUCACCCAGUACCUCAAACCAGCUGUUGAGCUGGCUGAUGGCUGGUCAGCCCUCUGGGACAGUCCUACGGCGCUUUACAGCUCCGCUGAUGCUCUAGCCACGCUGGCGGACUUUGCGGACGCCCAGUUUAAAUCUCUGACUGUGUACCUCAAAUCGCCGGAGUUUGCGGCCCGUCGCGAACUGCUGACGUCCGCCGACACAGAAACUACCUACCUGUCUGAGGUUGACAAAAAGAGCCGUUAUUUGCGGAAUCUUCAACGCCAGUCGACGCUUGAAGCUGUGGAACUGGAUAAUCUCUUCACGGGUAUGCACUCGUACUUCUCUACCGCUCUCCUCUCCUACGGUCGGUGCCUGGCGCUUGGUGAUAGAUACAAUCUGAAGGUCUACAGGCUCGUGUCUCUCUGGUUGAGUUCGUUUGACCAAUCAAUUCAACGUGGAUUUACGGGUUCAGAGGAGACCACAGUCGUCCUUUCUGUCCGCUGGUUGACGGAGUUUGAAGGACAUCUCAUGAAUGUCCGUCCAAGCAAGUUUCUUCCGUUGUUUCCCCAGCUGCUCGUCCAUCUCACUUCCUCAGCCUCGCAUGACCACGAAGAGCAGACCGCGCGAAAAUCGCAUGCCCUGCUUAGAAAGGUAGGCCUGUUUCAUAAACUUGCUUUCCCUAUAUGGAACUUAUUGAUAUUUAUUGUACUGUCUACUUGCGACUUAGCCGUUUUAACUGAGGGGAAAUUGUUCGCUACCAUCUUUUAUUUCUACCUCUUUUUCGUGCUAUAA